AUGAAAUUUGAAGAUCGCAUAUUGAAUAAAUCAGUUCCUGAAUGGAAGUUUUAUAAUAUCAACUAUGAAAAGCUAAAACUAGUGAUUAAAAAAGUGACUACCUAUGAUCGUCACAAUUUGAAGGAUACAAAUAUUGAGAAGCUGUUAUGUCAAUGUACUGUGGCUUUUAAUUGUGAAUUCCAAAAUGUCAAUUUGUUUGUAUCUCUAAAAAUUAAAGAAAUAUCAACACGUAUUCUUUCUAUUGAAUCUUCCAUAAUUGAUUUUUCUAAGAGUUUGAAUAAAAAUUCCAGGAGCCGCUUCAAUUUGCGUAAACUGAAAAUUAUUAAUGCUCAUGUAGACGAUUGUAACUUUGAAUUACAGUUAUUAUCAAGAUUCUUGAUAGUACAGAGGAUCGCCUUGAGAAAGCUGUUCAAGAAAUUGCUAAAUGAGUUUCCUCAAAAGAAGGAAAAUCCUUCAUUGGCAACUGAGUAUAUUGCCUCGAUAAGAAACUCAGAAAAUUUAAGAAAAGGGCACGAAGGCGUAUCGUUCAUGAACCUCGAUUUAGAUCCAUAUCUUUUGGAAGUGUCGCUGAUCGUCGAUGUUUUACACGAUUUAGAGAAUAAACUCGAAGGUGUAAAUGACUCAGUGGAAGGGCUAAGUCCCAUCAACCGCCCAGGCGAAUCCAUUCAUACUAAUUCAAGUCCAGAAGCAAGCAAUUCCAUUUCGUCGACUUCUCCGAGGUCAAUCCCGUUACUAUCAAAAAACAAAAGCUCCAAAAUGGUCGAUUCCUCGGUAGAGUUUGAUACUGCACUUAUAGACAAAUCUGAAACUCUAGGAAGGUUUUUGAUAUCGUCUGAAGAUGUAGAGGGGCUAAAGUUCAUGUUGUUGAAUUUAGGAUUCAGAAUAAUAGACGACAGUAUUAUUUCCACCUCGAGAGAGAUCUUGGAUACUACUGACAACAUCCGUUCGAUGGACAACAAAUCCGUAAGAUCAGCGAAAUCAUUUAACGAUCUGCAGCAUUCUAUGUCCCGGCAUAGACAAAAGGGCAUACUGCCUUCUGCGGUGCAGCCUAAUGAGACACAUAUCUCCCUCAGUAUACUAGAGACUAAAGGCAACAAACGUAAUCCUGUAUUAUUAACUGACGAAAAUAUUAACCAGCACCCAAAUAUAAUAAUCAGCUCCACUGCCGAAGAUAACUGUAUUCUAAUGUGUCACGUUGGCGGCUUAAGAAAUCACGUUGUCUCGAACAAUUUGCUUUUAAAGGAUGUGGAACAUAUAUUUUCAGCCUUGAAAGACACUAACAACAAAGAGAACAUCAGUGAAUUUAUAAACUCUCUGAACCCGUCCUCAAUCAAUAAACUGUCUUUGGAGUGGAUUCAAUCUCAUCGGCUAGGGACUAUUGAACCCAAAAUUGAUUUUAAAAGAACAAGAUUCAAAUCAAUAGAGAACGGAAGUAUAUAUUUGAUAGCACUAGACGAAUGUAUUACAAUAGGUAACGUAUCCACAUUACCUUUUCCAAUUUUAGAGGUGAAAAAGUUGGGUCAGUCUAACAAUUUUUCACAGGAGUCAAACAACGAGGACAAUAGCUUUAAACAGUUGAUAAAAUCCUUUGUUACAAAUGAGUUUCAAUGCAGUUUAAUUCCACCUGAUUUAACCACAUGGAAAUUGUGUCUGGAAUUAGUAGAUUCAAACGAUUUACAGAAUGAUUUGUUUCAACUAUUACUAAGAGACCAAUAUAAAUUAAGUCCUGAUGAUUCUUUAUCACCAGAUGAAUUUUUCCAGCUAGGGAAAGAUCACCUAGAGGAAGAAUUUGACUUGAACAUCUCCACAAGCGUUUCUCGGAGAAGUGAUGGCAGUGAUAAAAAAGUUAAAACCACUGACAAGCCAAAGGAACCCCUUAAAGAAAUUAAAAAAAAACCAAUCAGGUAUUGGAAUGAAUUUGACGAACAAGAGGAAGAUAAUUUAGAUAACACGUUUUAUAUCAAUACUAACGGAGGCAAUGGUACAUCGGAUGAUGAAGAGUCUUUGCUUUUAAGAAGCUCGCCAACCGACUAUGGAUUUAUUUUGUUUAGUAGGAGUUUCAUAAACCAUACUUACGAGUUUUGUGAAAAGCUGAGAAAUUUAAUUCGUCAUGACAAGAGGGCACCGUUGCCAGUUCCGUUUAAUAGUUCCAAAAGGCCUCAGCACCCCACUCACUAUGGUUCGAUGGCAUCAUUGAGUUCACAGUCAACAAUAACAUCAUAUGAUGAUGUUCAAAGAUAUUUGCAAUACCAACAACAAGAUAUAGAAGACUCUCAAUCUGUCUAUGAAUAUCGGCAUGAUGAGGUGAUUACAUUCCUAUACUUGUCCGCACUACUUACUUCUUGCAUUAUGGCAAGUGUAUGCCUAGGUAUUGUUUUGUCUUUGUUUCGUGGACAAAAUAACAAUGAAAUAGAUUUAGAAGUUCAAAAUAUCCUCAUAGCCAUUAUCAUUAUAUCAUUAUUGGUUUCCCUUCUUUUGAUCUGCGCUUGUCUGCUAUUGUUAUUCAGUAGGUUCACUUUGGCACCUAUCUGGCAUUAUAUUAGCUGUUUCAUAAUGUUUUUCACGGUAACUGGGACUGUAUGCUAUGGCAUGGUUGAAAUAUUCUUUUAA